UUGAGUUUGAGUGCCCAUAUCAAUUAAGUUUCUUUAACAAGUAAGACUAAUAUACUAUGCCCUAGGGCCUAGAAUUUGACCACACUCUUUGCGUCACAUCCCAAAUAACCACCAGCUUUUACCACCUUUCCCGCGUCAACCCCUCGCUACUAUAAAACCUGAGUUUUCCCCUCCUCCCAUCAAAUCAAACUCUCCACAGAAUCCAAUACCAUCUCUCUCUCUCACCCAGACGGACACAAAAAAAACACACGAACACAAAGAGAGAGACAAAGCCAUGAAGGUCAUCAAGAUUCUAGUGAUCAUAGCAACAACCAUGGCUUUGUCUAUCACUCUCACGACCGUGACAAGGGUUAGCCAUCAAGAAGAAGAAGGCAAAUCCCCUUUCACCGACCCAUGGAAAGAGCAACCGUCGGCUGACGAUGAAAACAAGUUGAUAGUGCCCUCCAAGAGGGUGAGUCGCUUCCUUUCUGAAAAGGAUCUGGUUUCAAGAAGCCUUAAAGCAGCUUCCCAGUGCCGCAAUGACUAUGACACAUGCUCCAACGUGCUGCCGGGCCAUCGGAACUUCACCUGCUGCAACAAGAAGUGCGUGGAUUUGUCCGUAAACAAGGAAAACUGUGGUGCAUGCAAGAAUUGCUGCAAGUACACGCAGUCGUGUUGCAGAGGGCAGUGCGUGGACCUGAGUUUUGACAAGAGGCAUUGUGGCCAGUGCGACCAUCCCUGCAAGAAUGGAACGUAUUGCGUGUAUGGUCUCUGUGAUUAUGCGUGAUUAAGACGGUCCAUUAAGGGAUUGUGAGUGCUCCUGAGGUUCGUAAUUUUACUGAUUAUGCAAUAAAACAACCACAAUAAGAAGAAGAAGAAAAAGGAAAUCGGUGGUUCUCUCAAAUAAUUAUGUAGUUAUUACUACUUUUAUUAUUAAUUAUACAGUCCUCGAGUGCUUUUCUCUAAAUGUUAUGAUCGAUGUUAUGAUCUAUUUAAGAACUUGAUUUAUGAGUACGGAAUUUGUAUGAAUCAAUAACUUAUAAUUAUUCAAUACUUAUACAUUUUUUGUUCGAGA